CACAGUGCUACCGUUCUAGUUUCAGGCGAUAUUUACUAUCAUCCAUUUGUAGAGGUAAUAAUGAAAAAUUAAACGUUUGUUUUGUUUAACGACACCACCAGAGCACAUUGAUUAAUUAAUCAUCGGCAGGAAACUCGUCGUCGUCGCUGACCACGUUGAAGAUGUCGAGCAUGAAGUCGAAGAAGAACAAGCGGACGAGGACACAGCGCUACACGUCCAACGUGUUCGCCAUGUUCAACCAGGCCCAGAUACAGGAGUUCAAGGAAGCGUUCAACAUGAUCGACCAGAACCGCGACGGUUUCGUGGACAAGGACGACCUGUUCGAGAUCUACACGUCUCUCGGCAAGAACCCCAGUGACGACGACCUCGAUUGCAUGCUCAACAUGGCGCCCGGCCCCAUCAACUUCACCAUGUUCCUCACGCUGUUCGGCGAGAAACUCAACGGAACGGACCCAGAGGAGGUCAUCCGGAACGCCUUCACGUGCUUCGACGAGCGCAAUAUGGGGUACAUUCCAGAGGAGUUUCUGAAGGAGUGUAUGAUGUCUAUGGGUGAGAGGUGGUCAGAGGAGAUGGUCGAUGACCUGUUCCACUGCGCCCCCAUCUCCGAGGGGCGCUUCGACUACAACGAGUUCACGCGGACCCUCAAACACGGGGCCAGGGACAAGGAUGACGGGGACACCAUGAAGGACUUGCUUCAAGGUCAGAUACCCACUCUAGCGCAGGAGCAGCCCGAGGACCAACCCGAUACUCAAGCUGGAAGCGAGGCUUGUGCUUAAUAGCUACUGGAUUCCGGGAUUUAGUUGCAUUGUGGGAUAUGGUUAAAGCUGGAUUAUGGGACGUGUGUUUUAAUUCAGGGUAUUGCAAUUUUUUUUUGUGGGGGUUUUCAGAACUAGUUUGUAUGUUGCAGCACUAUGAUUUAUUAAUCAUGUUAAAUUAAAAAGAAAAUGUCGAUAUUUUAAGUGUAUUGCCAAAUGAUGUAAUAAGUACCUAUAUGUAUUUUGUAUUGUGUUGUACCAUAAUGGUGACACAUUGCAUAUAUUUUGAUUGUCUUACC